AUGGUCUCAGCCACGCCUGAAGGAGCUGGCGCGAUGCCACUGGGGGUGGCGCGGCGGACAUUAGGAAUCAUCCUGCUCCUAGUGGUGGUUGUGUUAUGGACAACCUCGAAUUUCCUUGGAAGUACCAUCUUCGCCGACAAAACCUAUCCGAAACCUUUCUUCGUCACUUAUACGAAUACCUCCAUGUUCAUGAUGCCCCUCCUGAUAAUCGUCGCUCGUCGAACAUUCGCUCUUUGGCGCCACGGGAAGCUCGCUAAGAUUACUUCGAUAAAGAGCUUCUUGAAUCAUUUGGAUUCACAUGACCCCAAGGCCGAGGAGGAGAGCAUGCUGCGCAGCGCCUCCGAUGAAGAGGGCGGGCGAUUCUUGGCGGAGAGACAGGAUUCCCCAAGUGGAAAGCUAGGGCUCAAAGCAACAGCUAGACUCAGUAUUCAGUUUUGUCUUCUAUGGUUUACUGCAAAUUACUUUGCCAUGGGAUGUCUUCAAUUUACAUCAGUUGGAAGUACAACCAUUCUAACUUCCACCAGUGGUGUAUGGACCAUGGUCUUUGGUGCCCUGUUCCGUGUUGAGAAAUUCACUAUGCGGAAAUUCAUGGGUGUCUUGGCUUCUCUGGUUGGUAUUAUCUUGAUCUCACGUGUAGACCUCUCCACGCCUGACACAGGUGAUGCUGGAGAUGGCAACGAGGGUUCAUUCCCCCACAAAUCCACAGGAGAGAUUGCUCUCGGCGACGCCAUGGCAGCGUUCAGCGCCAUCAUGUACGGUCUUUACACUGUUGUGAUGAAGAAACAAGUUGGCGACGAGUCCCGAGUAAAUAUGCAACUGUUCUUCGGACUAGUCGGAUUCUUCAACAUCAUCCUUUUGUGGCCUGGUUUCUUCAUCAUGCACUGGACUGGAAUAGAGACUUUCUCCUUGCCCGAAACGUCACGAGUAUGGUUUAUCAUUCUAUCGAAUGCACUUGCAUCAUUUGUCUCUGACAUCGCUUGGGCUUAUGCUAUGCUUCUCACCACACCGCUCAUCGUGACAGUUGGGCUCAGUAUGACUAUCCCGCUCUCCCUGAUUGGACAGAUGGUCCUACAGUCGCAAUACUCCAGCCCUUUGUACUGGGUUGGAGCAGCUAUCGUGGUAUCGUCGUUCUUGGUCGUGCAACACGAGAGCAAACCUCAGGACGAUCUUGCCACUACUCCUGGAGCAGGCGGGGCCCUCUCAGGCGAGUAUAACAGCAUUCCUGUUGAAGAAGAGGAAAUGCGUUAG